UUCCUUCUUGGAACUGCAGCCACAGCGAGCUCCGCCCUGUGCCCCACGGCUCGGGUGGCCGGCUCCGCCUUUGCUGGCUACCAGGCUCCUGUGGGCCGGGCUGGGCCAGGACAGGUAUAAAGCCGCCAGAGCUCAGCGGGCAGCACCGCAAGGCUCGCAAAACCUCGGCCCCGCCACAGUUGCCCGGAGCACCGCAGUCCAGCCAAGCAGCGCACCGCGGGGCCCAUGGCUGCCAGAAAAGCACUGAUUGUACUGGCUCAUGAAGAGAGGACGUCCUUCAACUAUGCCAUGAAGGAGGCUGCUGUAGAGGCUUUGAAGAGGAAAGGAUGGGAGGUCACUGUGUCGGACCUGUAUGCCAUGAACUUCAAUCCUGUCAUCUCCAGAAAGGACAUCACAGGUAAACCGAAGGACCCUGAGAACUUUAAGUAUCCUGCCGAGUCCGUUCUAGCUUAUAAAGACGGCCGUCUGAGCCCAGAUAUUGUGGCCGAACAAAAGAAGCUGGAAGCUGCAGACCUUGUGAUUUUUCAGUUCCCACUGCAGUGGUUUGGAACCCCUGCUAUCCUCAAAGGCUGGUUUGAGCGAGUGCUUAUCGGGGAGUUUGCUUAUACGUAUGCUGCCAUGUAUGACAAGGGACCUUUCCGGAAUAAGAAGGCAGUGCUCUCCAUCACCACUGGUGGCAGCGGCUCCAUGUACUCUCUGCAGGGUAUCCACGGGGACAUGAAUAUCAUUCUCUGGCCAAUUCAGAGUGGCACUCUGCAUUUCUGUGGCUUCCAAGUCUUGGAACCUCAACUGACAUACAGUGUUGGGCACAUUCCCGCGGAUGCCCGAAUUCAGAUCCUGGAAGGAUGGAAGAAACGCCUGGAGAAUAUCUGGGAUGAGACUCCACUCUAUUUUGUUCCAAGUAGUUUCUUUGACCUAAACUUCCAGGCUGGAUUCUUAAUGAAAAAGGAGUUGCAGGAAGAGCAGAAAAACAAGAAAUCUGGCCUUUCUGUGGGCCAUCACUUGGGCAAGCCCAUCCCGGCUGACAACCAGAUCAAAGCCAGAGAGUAAGAGUCACAAGACUUGAUUUCCUUCUAAAAUGUAGCUAAAUCUAGGUUUAUUUUUCAGGCUUCCGUGAUUUGCUUUAGUUUUUAAGAUUUGUGUUUUUCUUUUUCCAUGAAGAAUGAAUAGGAGAAAGAAUAGACUG